AAGGCGCGAGAGGUUAUGGAGGUCAUAUUUAGAUUACCUGAUUACCAGCUGGAAUAUCACAAAUAAACGGACUGCAUGAACAGGAAGUAAGAAGAAGAAGGUGGAUGCUCUGUUUGCGUUAGCGUGAGGAAAGCAGUGGUUGUGCAGGAUCGUGCGGUCUUUAAGAAUGUGUUCAUUAAUUUCUCUUUCGUUACGAAGGUUAGCCUUACCAUGGAAGGCAAUCUCGAGUCAAAGUGUAAUACCUUUCAUGUCCUCACAACGAUGCAGUGCAAUUCCAGCUUUUCAUUACCGUAAGCCGAUUAUGAGUUCCUAUCCCCGGCAUUAUUCAAACUACACCCUCGACUUGACAGAAGUCAAAAAAUUUGUGGAUGCGAAGAUACAAGAACACAAAGUUGUCGUGUUUUCCAAGUCUUACUGUCCUUACUGUACAAUGGCGAAAACAACACUGGACAAAUACCCAAUAUCCAUGGAAGUAAUAGAAAUAGAAGAUAGGCCCGAUGCUGAAGAGAUUCAAGAUCACCUGAACGCUUUAACUGGCGGAAGAUCGGUGCCUCGUGUUUUCAUCAAUGGUAAAUACAUCGGAGGAGGGUCUGAGACAACUCAGUUCGACAGACAGGGAAAACUGGAAUUAAUGCUGAAAGAAGCAGGGGCUUUGUAGUUUGCAAGAAAAACCAGGAGAUAUUCUUGUAACAUUCCAUGAAACAUGAUAUUGUCUUAUUUAUCUAUAUUUAUAUUAUCUGGGUCUUCCAACCCACUGACUAGAUAUUUCUUACUUCCAAACUGUGAGUCACAAAUAGAGACAGCUUAUUUGCUCUAAAAGUGUAUCUUUAACAGAAAAUUAUCAAGACUGAAGUUGGGUUUUGACAUACAUGAAACUAUAACUAUAUUUGUUAAUGUUAAUUAUUUAGAUACAGUAACAGCCAGCAAAGCAUAUUUCCCUCUCUGGGAGAUAAUUACCAAGUAGCAAGGAAGGAACACACACGUUUUUGUUUUCUGUAAAGGAACACACACGUUUUUGUUUUCUGUAAAGGAACACACACGUUUUUGUUUUCUGCAAAGGAACACACACGUUUUUGUUUUC